GUGACACUUUUCCACCUAAAUGAGUUGCCUACGUAAGCAAAAAGCAUAGGCAUCAGCUUCUAUUUAGCCGGCGAAGGUUGUCCCUCGGCGAUGUGGUAUUGUAGAAAAGCUGCCCAAAUUGGUCACUGUGCGUCCUAACAAUUUACCAGCGUACCCUCACUUUAAGCGCGCAAAGAGAAAAUCUCCACCAAAUCGAGGUUGCAGAGUUGUUAGACUUGUCACCUCCAAAAGAGCAAGACUUGCACAGAUUGGGAAACAUGCAAGCGUUUGGAUGAGCGAAAUAUUCUUGACCUUGUUCCUGGUCAGUGAGCACGAAGGUGAACAAACCGUGGGAGGUACAUCGUGUUUGUGGUUGGAGUAGAGGGUGGCGUCUUCAAGCAUCUGUGUCCGACAUAGACUAUACUCUGUGUUUGUUGUUUGUCGUAGACUACAUCAUCCACAGCCUCGCCGGUUAGUCUGUGUUUGAUCAUGGCCCUGGGGGAUGAAAUGGAGUUUAGUUUCGUUCUUGCACUCAUUAUGAAUUUCCAGUGUUUGAAUCAAUUGACGAUGAUGUUAGUCAGUCUGUGUGCUUUGUUAAUACGGCAUAUUCAAACCACAAGACCUAAUAGGAGGAGAGUAACCUUGGAUCAUUGCGGCAGGGCUAGGGUUAGGGAAGUUAACUUCCUUAGAAUAGUUCCUAUAAGUGACACUGCUUGCAUUGAGAAUACAAGGAUGGACAGAAGGUCUUUUCAUAAAUUGUGUGAGUUGGUCAAAACAGUUGGGCAGCUUGAACCAACACCUCAUAUGGGUGUGGAAGAAAUGGUGGCAAUAUUCCUGCACAUAUUGGCCCAUGAUGUUAAGAAUAGGAUUAUAAAAAGACAAUUCAUGAGGUCCGGUGAAACCAUCAGUAGGCAGUUCUCAAAUGUGUUACUCGCUGUGUUACGAUGUCAUACUGUUUUGUUGAAACGGCCUGAGCCAGUUGCGGAAACAUCGACUGAUGAAAGAUGGAAGUGGUUCAAGAAUUGUUUGGGUGCUCUUGACGGGACACACAUAAAGAUAAAUCCAUUGCAAGCUGACAAGCCAAGAUACCGUACUAGGAAGGGUGAAAUAGCAACAAAUGUGUUAGGGGUUUGUUCUCAGGACGGUCAGUUCAUUUUUGUAUUGCCUGGGUGGGAGGGGUCAGCUGCAGAUUCAAGGGUUCUAAGAGAUGCAAUCGCGCGGCCGCACGGUUUAAGGGUUCCAAAAGGUUACUAUUACCUGUGUGAUGCUAGAUACAUGAACGGUGAAGGUUUCCUGACACCAUAUAGAGGACAACGAUAUCAUCUCACUGAAUGGAGGCACGGGCCUCAACCAAGGACACCACAAGAAUUUUUUAAUAUGAAGCACUCAUCUGCAAGGAAUGUCAUAGAGCGAUGUUUUGGGAUGCUGAAAGGGCGUUGGGCAAUUGUCAGAUCAAAGUCAUUUUAUCCGGUUAAGACGCAAUGCAGGAUUAUAACAGCUUGUUGCUUGCUUCAUAACCACAUAAGAAGAGAAAUGACAAUGGAUCCUUUGGAGGCUGAUGACGUGGACAUGCAGCUAGCUGAAGAUGACAUUGGCGACAAUGAAGUUAUAACUCAUGUUGAGUCUUCCAAUGCAUGGACACUCUGGAGGGAUGAACUGGCGCAUAAUAUGUUUAACACUUGGAGGAGUCGUGCUUGAGUUGGAGUUUUUUUAACUAGUAUUUGCUAAUUUAUGUUUCUCGGAUAUUAUGUAGUCUUUAUUUCGCUUAGGAAACUGGACCCAUUGCGAUGCUUUUCCUUGUAUAAUUAAAUUUAGUUAUGUGUCUAUUACGUAUCAUGUAUGACUUAAUCAUAGAUUCUGCAGAAUUAGCGUUUACGACCAUUUAUAUCUGUAUCUUAAUUGUACGCGUAAGGUAUUAGUUAUGUUGUUAUAUUUAAUAAUAUAACUUUAUCGUAUUUUGUAGACCAAUACCAGAUAUUGUCUUUGUUUCAUUCACAUUAUGGCAGAAGGUAGUCAGCAAUCACAAAAGCGAAUUAAUCAUACCUGGACCGCUGAAGAGGACAAAGUCCUCGUUGAAUGUUUGUCCGAGCUUGGAUCAUGUUGGAAGGGAGAUAAUAGCUUUAAAGCAGGAUAUUCAGCUGCAGUGGAGAAGAUGAUGCACCUGAGGAUCCCUGGUUGUUCCCUCCGGUCAAUUCCUCACAUCACUUCCAGGGUGAAGUUGCUUAAAAAACAAUAUAAUGCUAUUCAUGACAUGGUUGGAGGAAACGGUGGAUCCGGUUUUGGUUGGAAUGAUGCCAAAAAAAUGAUUGAUGUGGAGAAGGAAAUAUUCGAUGAUUGGGUGAAGAGCCACCAUACUGCAAAGGGUCUAUACAACAAGCCAUUCCCUCACUAUGAAGCUUUGGGAAUUAUAUUUGGCAAUGAUGUGGCUAGUGGAGGUAAUUCAGAAUGCCCACAAGAGUCAGUUACCCAUUUGGAAUCACAACAUGCUUUUGUUGAUGAGAGCGGAAAUGUAUUUGAUGAAUACCUAGAUCAGUCAGGGGACUACAUACCCGCACCAUGCCAGGAAACUGAAGUGCCUGAAAAUGUAACUGAAGAGCAAGUCGAAGCACCAUCUAUUUCUGUAGCUAAUGCCCGAAAGGGAAAGAAAAGGCAAAGGACCCCAGAUCCUGUAGUUGUUGAAGUUGUUGGUGUCAUGAAUCGUAUUUCCCAAAAUUACGAGAAAACUACCAAUACCAUGGAUAAGUUGGUGGCUUGCUUUGAACAACAACAUGCUGGAAGCAACAGGCGAAUGUCUAUUAUAACUGAGAUUGAAAAAUUUGAAGAUCUUACUAUGGAGCAGAUGCUACAUGUUGCUGUCAAACUGGGCAAGGAUAGCAAUUUGACGGACAUCUUCAUGCAAUGUGACGAUGGAAAAAGGCGGUGCAUGUUGUCUGGGUUGUUGUCUGAUUACAUCUAAGAAAAGACAGCCUUACUUUUUGGAUCCAGUAGGAAUAUAUGCAUAGACACUGUUUAAGUGUUAACUUUUGGUGUGGUUUCUUUUCCUAUUACAUGUUGUAAAUAUCAUGCUAAGUAUCCUUGUACACACAUAGCUGCAGUAGAGUCCUGUUGCAAAAAUACUGACUCUUUCUUGUGUAGAAUCAUUUUUUGAUUUUGACAGUAACUAAUACAAGUUGCACUCUAUUAUGGUGAGGGAAAGUGAGUUCCUACACAUAUUGGCACAAAUGAUUUGGGACUGGUAACUUGAAAAAAGCUUUCUCAAAUGUAAGACUUUGGGAAUUUUUUGGUGCUGUUACAAAGGCUACAAAGUCCUUUGAAGGGGAGUUCCUACCGAGUCAUUCAACUUCAGUUUGGAAUAUUUGGAUCUGCUGCCUGGUAGUACUGAUUCUCACCUGGGCCAAAAAAGGAGACAGAAUUUAAACUUGAAGCAUAUACAGAUAAAAGAAGGCAUUGGGAUGCAUUUUGGCAGCUGUGUUUGGUUCAAUUCGUAUAAUUUCAGAUGUUCAGUUGUUGGAGUGUACUACAUGGUAGUGUGCUGCAUGAUAUGAGCUCAACCAUCGUGGAAAGAUGUGACAGGGACGACAUGGGUGCAUGCCUGAUAUAUGGCCUAGUCAGAUUCCCUCUGGUUCUGCUUUCAACUAGCUAUGGGAACACUGUUGCUUGGGCUGCUUGAAGUUCAAAGUCUUUGGUUAUUUUUUGUAUUUUGUAGGGUAAUGGAUCUUUUUCCCUAUCAUGGCAUGUAGGUCGAAACUGUGUUCUGUUAAGAUGCUUUCAUGUUUUGAUGGUUA